AUGACAAAAACAAUCGAUAUAGGGCAACUGUUAAUGUGUGGCUUUGACGGUCUUGAACCAACAGAAGGCAUACUGGACCUCAUUCGCAACCACCAUCUUGGAGCAGUCAUUUUGUUUUCACGCAAUAUUGAAUCUCCUAAACAGCUUCAGCGACUGACACAUCAGCUACAGAGCGCAGCCAAGGAAUCGGGUCAUGCAAGGCCCUUAUGGAUCGCGGUGGACCAGGAAAAUGGUGUAGUGCGACGAUUAGGCACCAGCGGAACUUAUUUGCCGGGCAGUAUGGCGUUGGGUGCAAUUGGAUCCACCAGUGCAGCAUAUCAGGUUGCACAAGCGACUGCAAAGGAGUUACUAAGUCUGGGUAUCAAUUGGAAUUUAGCGCCUGUCAUGGAUGUGAACAGCAACCCGCUUAAUCCAGUGAUCGGUGUGCGUUCCUUUGGUGAAGACCCACAAUGGGUUGCUCGGUUAGGCUGUGCACAGAUAGAAGGGUAUCAGAAACAAGGUGUUGCAACGAGUAUCAAACAUUUUCCUGGUCAUGGUGAUACUGCCACGGAUUCCCAUUUAGGCGUGCCGGUGAUUGAUAAAAGUUUGGAGCAGCUCAACAGUGUUGAGCUCAUUCCGUUUACAGGGGCAAACCUCUCUCAGGGUCAUGGACAGCCUGCUUCUGUCAUGAUUGCUCAUAUUGCCUUACCCAGGCUUAUUCAAGAUGGCAAGGUGGCUAGCUUAUCAUCUGAAGUGGUGACAGAUUUACUACGCAAACGUAUAGGAUACAAUGGCGUCAUCAUCACAGAUUGCCUCGAAAUGGAUGCCGUCAAGGAAACAGUAGGCUGCGCUCGUGGUGCAGUCAUGGCAUUUGAAGCAGGGAAUGACAUGGUCAUGAUAUCGCAUACACUGCAGUUUCAAAAAGAAGCGUUUGAACUUAUCGAACAAGAGUUACCACGCCUGGAUUCAGGUUCUAUUCAUGAUUCACUAAAUCGUGUAGCUGCCAUGAAGGACCAGUAUUUGAAUUGGGACGAUGCACUCAAAUUGCAUGACUUGGACGUCGUAGGCUGUAAGGAUCAUUUGAAACUAAGUGAUAGACUGUAUAACCAUGUACCAACGAUUGUCCGUAACUGCCAAAAGAUAAUCCCUCUUCAGCCUGCAGCUAAUGACAAAUUGCUGUUUCUAGCUGCUCAUGUACCUCUGACGUUGGCAAUUGACUCAGAGACAGAACCAUUUAACUCGAUGUGCGCUUCUCUUCAAAAACGUCAUGCAAACACAGAAUACAUCAUUUUCAAUCAAGACAAUUAUCUCAAUAUGGUAGACAAGAUAUCUGCAGCUGAUUAUGUGGUUGUCGGCACGGCCAAUGCCAACCUCCACCCAUUCCAGUCUGAACUGGUCAAACUGGCACAUAAGCAUGCAAAAUCAUUGGUAGUUGUCUCUGUCAUUAACCCAUAUGACCUCACAGUGUUUCCAGAGAUUGAAACGUACGUAGUCACUUACGAGUACACGCCUCCUGCUCAUGAAGCAUUCAUUCGCAUUCUCUUUGGUGAAAUUGAAUAUCGUCCCAAUCACUUGCCAGUGACGAUUACUGACGACGCAACAGUGCAUCAUCCAUACAUUCAAGUUGAGCCGUUUUUGAAGGAUAUCGACAAUGUACACCAGCUUUGGAAGGCAGUGUUUUUACCUACCUGGCCGCUUUCUUUGAACAACUUCUCUCGUGUUCUCUCUCGUUUGCAACAGCCAGAUCACUUUGUUGUUCGCAGUGAGGAAGGUGAGGUGAUCGGAUUCGCAGCGACACAGCUGAUUGAGGAGCACGGCCAACUCGCAUUGCUGAUGGUUCAUCCAGACCAUAGACAACGUGGCAUUGGCAGCGCACUACUAGAAGAAUGUAUGAAAACUCUUAAAAGGAGAGGCGCCAAGCAAAUCCAAUUAGGCUCAACCUAUCCUCGCUUCUUCUGCGGCUUACCUGAAGACCAAGAGAGGAGUGUAGUCUUUUUUGAACACCAUGGAUUUAAAUUUGGAAACUAUGUUUGGGAUUUAAUGGGCGAUCUAAGUCAAUACGAAGUACCGGUAAAUAUUGCCGAGCGAAUGAAAAAAGAAGGGAUACAAUUCGAGACAAUCCAAGGGCCAGAUGAUCUCGGCGAAUUGCUCGAAUUUCAAAAGAGGUAUUUUCCAUACUGGUUAUCAACGUAUGAACACCAUGCAGCACUGGGCGACUAUCAAGACUUACUUGUGGCACGAGAUGGAACCAGGAGAAUAGUGGCAAGCUUAAUUUUGUACACCACAAAAGGAUCGCAUGAUGCUCGAACAGAUUUGAUAUGGACCGACAUCUUUGGUACUCAGAGUGGAGGAAUGGCUUGUGUUGGCGUAGCAAACGAAGAAAGAGGAAGAGGUAUCGGUUUAGGUAUCGUUGCUUAUGCCAACCAGUUUCUAAGACAACGUGGUGCUCAGCUGUCUUAUGUUGAUUGGGUUGAGUUGAUAGAAUUCUAUGGUCGUACAGGAUACCAAACUUGGAGAAGAUACAGACUAGCAACAGCAGAAUAA